AUGGGAAUAUCAAAUGCUCAUGAGAAAAUGGAGUUGAAGAAAGGGCCAUGGACUCGAGAAGAAGAUCAAAAACUUCUAGCUUACAUCGAAGAAUUGAGAUGGACAAAUUACCUAAGACCCGAUAUUAAGCGAGGAAAGUUUAGCGUUCAUGAGGAGAAGGCCAUUAUUCGGCUUCAUGCGCUUUUGGGCAACAGGUGGUCCGCCAUAGCAACCCAUUUGCCCAAGCGUACGGACAAUGAAAUCAAGAACUACUGGAACACCCGCCUCAAGAAACGCUUGGCCCGCAUGGGCAUCGACCCUACCACCCACAAGCCCAAGGAAACCGGGCCCACUGGGUCCUCCCGACAGUCUGCCGCCAUCGUCAGCCACAUGGCCCAGUGGGAGAGCGCCCGACUCGAGGCUGAGGCACGCCUCGUCCGCGAGUGUCGAAUCCUUUCCAAGCUCCGGCUCCUCCACGAAACUGCCAUUCAGGCCCAACAACCGCCUCUUGUGGCCGCCCCACCGCCGCCGUGCUUGGACGUUCUCAGGGUAUGGCAGGGGACGACUGCCGGUCGAAACGGGUUUUACAACCCGACUGGGAGCCUCGGGUCGCCAAACUCGACAUUGAAUUGUUUGUGCCGACAAAAAUAA